AUGGCCACGUCAACCCCAUCCGAAACAUUACGACCUAUAACAUCAAAGAGGCGCCAUCUAAUACCACCGCACAAACCAACAUCCCCCAAAGUAUCCAAAGUCCUCAAUCCCAGCGCCAGCCCGCCAGAAACGCGCAUCAAACCGUCCCACGACGAGAUCGCCGAAAACAGAAGAAAAACCAGUUCAACCGAACACGAAGCGGAAAAAGAUUAUGAACCUUCCCGCUUCGAGAUCUCCUUCUCGAUGCCACCACAGCCUUUCCUCGAUCCACCGAUCUGGGAAGCUAGUCUCAACCGUGCGCGAGAGAGACUAGCACAGCGGCCAUUGAAUGAGAUACCGGCUGCUGGGGUCGGCGAAUCGGCAGAGAGGCGGAGACAGCGGUUGGAGCAAGAAUUGGAGUAUGGAUCUAUGGCAAUUCGGGGGCGGUCGAGUGUGAGUGGCCGUGGGAGGAGGGGGAGGGGUGCCCAGGGGGGAACGGGGAAUGUAUAUUGGGGAGGGAGGCGGUGA